UUGGAAUUUGUCACUGGCAUUUGUCAGUUCGUUGCAUUUAAUUGAUUCUCCACUAUUGAGCAAAAUACACCAAGUAUUCUCGUGCUUGUUUUUCUGAUUGCCUUGGCUGUAUGAGUCCAGUCUUCUGGGAGCUCCCCAUGAUCACCAAGAGCCUGUCUUCCGAAAGGAGCACAACACUCUUGGAUUUCUCAACAGCUUCCACCACAUGGUUGCUCAUGUCUCAUCUGCGCCUGACCCACAGUGUCAACAGCCCAUUUCGCCCAAGCCCGAGCCACCUCUCGCCCACGCCUCGGCGCCGCUCGACCCCAAGCUGCCUCCCGCCCAAGCCUCGGUGCCACUUGACCCCGAGCCACCUCUCGCCCACACCUUGGCGCCACUCAACCACGAGCCGCUUCUCGCCCAAGCCUUGGCGUCGCUUGACCAGGACCAAUGUCAGCAGCUGCCACCGCUCGACCAGCACCAGCCGCCUCUUGCCCACGGCUUGGCAGUGCUCGACCAGCACCAGCAGCAUCAUCCGCCACCUCCCGACCAUGCAUCGUCGGUGCUCGACCAGCAGCAGCUGCCGUCUCCCGACCAUGACUUGGUGGUGCUCAACUAGCAUCAGCAACCGCCGACUCUUGACCACGCCUCGGCGGCACUCAACCAGCACCAGCUACCUCUCGCCCACGGCAUGGGAGUGCUCGACCAGCACCAGCACCAGCAACUGCUGCAUCUCAACCACGCCUCGGUGGUGCUCGACCAGCGUCAGCAGCCACCGCCUCUCGACCAUGCCUUAGCGGU